AUGGCAGCUGCAGGACCAUCGCCUCUGGCCAGCUGUGAAGAAAAGACAAAUGGAUCCAAGCUGAGCAGGCUUCUUAUCGAUGGUGGAACAACAGUUCUAAGAAAUGUUUUCAAUUAUCAUCAUCCUCCAGCCAACUUGGCUGCUGAUCUCAAUGCCAAUUAUUCCGCUCUCAACAACCUCUUGCGGCGAAGGGUUCUAAAUGGUCAUCAGUGGGACAAACUCUUCCCGCCUGGAGGAGCCAUACCAGACUCCAACACGUUUGACAUCACUCUUUUAUUCCUUCUUCUGACCAACAUUUGUGGAUUGGCCCCUCCCCUUACAGGAUGGCACACUAAACCAGCCCCUAGUGACAACUCUCACGAGGCGAAUCUUGCUCGUGUCAAGUAUUUCCGUAACGUUUUGUAUGGUCAUGUGACCAGUACUGGUGUUGAUACUUAUUCCUUCUCUGUUCUGUGGCAAGAAAUCAGUGCCUUUCUUUUAGCUCUUGGGUUACAGCAAUCAGAAAUUGACAGACUGAAGGCAGAGCGAGGCGGAGAGGAGGAUUAUCUUGACGCGUUACGUGACUGGGCUGACAGUGAAGAGGACAUCAAAACACAGUUAAAGGACGUGUGUCAAGCUCAGAAAGAAAUGGAACAGACUCUUCUGAAGACUUAUGAAACGUUCCAGGAAAGCAAAACCAAGCUAGAGGAUGUACAUCAAGUUGUUACGGAAAUACGUCAAGCCCAACUCAACACAGACCAAGAGGAAGAUGUCCUUAAGCAACUUGCUAAGGUGGACACUGAAAACAUUAUUGAAUACCACUCAGAAAGAUAUUUAGGGGGGACCCGAGCGUCGAUUUUUGUCAAAGUGAAAAAUUGGUUAGAUGACAACAACUCUUUUCAUCGAGUGAUGGUGAUUGCUGGAAAUGUAGGAAUGGGGAAGUCUGUUAUUGCAGCUGAAAUUUCCAAACGUAUGCAACAAGAUAGAAGGCUGUUAGGAAGCCAUUUUUGUCAACAUAACAGGAUGCGUCACAGGAAUCCCAAGGUGAUGCUCCAGUCCUUAGCUUGUCAUGUAUCGUAUUCUCUUCCAGAAUACAAAGAAGCCCUUGUGGGGCAGCUUUCGAGAAAUCUGGGUCUGGAUAUCAAUGAUAUGGAAACGGAAGAUUUGUUUGAGUUGCUGUUUGAAGAGCCACUAAACAGAUUAAGUGACCCCGGUUUUACCUCUCUUGUUGUAAUUGAUGCCUUAGAUGAAAGUGAAUACCAAGGAAGGAAUGAGCUGUUAGAAGUAAUUGCUAAGUACUUUAACAAGCUCCCGAUAUGGAUCCGAUUCCUUGUGACAACACGGCCAGAAAUAAACAUUUGGGACAGUCUGAAAGGUCUUCGACCCCUACUGCUGGAGCCAAACAAUGAAGAGAACGUGAAGGACAUUCGCCAUCUCUUUGAAAGACAUUUAAGCCAUAUGUUGCAAGUCAAUAAUCAUGAGUCGAUCUUGACCGAACUUGUUGAAAAAUCGGAAGGAGUGAUUUUAUGGGCUCAACUUCUGGUAGAUUUCAUAAAGGACAAUUUCUCAGUUCUCAAGUGGGAACACCUUGAUGGCACCAUACCGUCGGGUAUUUCGUCGGUUUACCAGUCUUAUUUCAAACGUCUAGAGACUGAACUAUGCAAAGAACUCAAGAUGUCUGAAGACAUGUUUUUAAGCCUACUGAGUGUCAUUGUAGCUUCACGAGAACCACUGCCACUCGGCUUUGUUUCUAAAUUUUUGUUCCCUGGCAAAGUGUCCUCAGUUGUUCAGCGAAAGAUAAGCAAGGCCAUUGCUUGCAUAUCGUCGCUUCUGCCUGUUCAAGAAGGGUGUAUUCACUUCUUUCACAAGUCAGUCAGAGACUGGUUAGUUGAUCAGUCGUGCUAUGGUAAGCACAGUUUCAGCGUCUUGGAAAACGAAGGCCACCUCAUUCUUGCUCGUCUUUGCGGUAAUGAAUUUGAUGAGGUGAAAAGAAAAGGUGUUGAUUGGUCACAACAGUUCGAUAACGUCACAAAGUAUUCUCUGCGACAUGGCGUUCAACACAUGCUUCAGUUGGAUGAAGACAUCAGACCAAGCGGCCUUGAAGAGAUCGUAAAUAAGUAUGUCCUAGAUGUGGAGCUUGUUUACGCAAAGCUGCGCGUGGAUAGUGCAAUACCCGCUGAAGAUAUCGCUUGCAUAACUAAGUUUUCUGUGAAAAGGCAGGCCGCCUCUAAGACUUUGUUGUUUCUUUUAAGGAAGCAUAUUGGUACAUUGAAGCAACUGCCUCAUGUUAUAUUUCAAACGUUGUUGAAUGAAGGAGGACCGGAGCUGUGUUAUGAAGCAUCAAACCUCUUGAAGAGUAAGUAUUCUCACAUAUCCCACAUGGAAUACUUAGACAAGAACAAUCUGGAAGGAAUCGUUCAAACUAAAUUUCAUUGCUCUUCCGAAGUGGCUUGUUUUGACGUUUCACCUUCGUCAGACUACAUGGUUUGUGAAUGUCGGGAUGGAACGAUUCAGCUGUGGUCUCUUCAGACUGGAAAGCUCGUUUGGAAACGUCCUGUCAUCAAAGUGAAGAGUUACUCCCGUUUCUUUCAGGCCUUCAGGACUGCUGCCCCAGCCUCUUUCUCGCCACAUUUCCUUUCAUUGCCGCUUUCUGAAGUAUCCACAUUUGCAUUGUCUUGUUUUCGUUCUGUUGUGUUUCAUCCUACUAGGAGGCUUGUUUUGCCAGGAGUUCUGAGUGAAACCUAUAGUUUUGACGGAGACCUAAACAGACUUUUUCCGGAAAGCAACUGUAUCUUCUCUGUUUGUUCAAUAUCUGGUGAUACGAUUCUCACGGACUGUCCCGAUAAUGCGAAAUGCCUUAUCCUUUGGAGUCUUUCGAAUGGUACAGAGCUAACUCGUACCACCAGAGAUCACAACGUCUUGACUUUUGCUCGGUCUCAGGAUGGAAGGGUUGCAGCGAUUUCUCAUUCAGAUGGUUCAGUUUGUUUGGUUGACUUGAUGAGUAAUUUCCGACUAGUCGCGGAAACGGUCUUGCAGAGCAUAUGUGGGAUGAUAAAGUUCUCCCCUGACCACCGAUUCCUUUACUGUUGGCAUUGUCCAUUGCGUUACGGUUAUCAACACCCUGACUUUUUUAAGUUAACUGUCAGUACAUCGAAUGGUGGAAAUGUUUUUCUUGACGUAGCUUCUGAGAAUGUUUCAUAUGUUCCGUGGGAAUGGGAAUCAACCAGUAGGUCUGGUUUCAUGCUUGGAGAUCCACUCUGUUGUAGAAGGCAAACCUCGCCUCCUUCCUUGGGGACAUUCGUGUUUGUGCUGAACAAACAAUCUAUUUUAAGAAGUAACCCAAGAAGUGGUUCUAUAGAAAUGUUGUUUCCCUAUGAACAAACAAAAUGCAGCGAUGGUGAUAAGGUCCUUAAUUCCCUUAAACUUUCCCUAACUGGAGAUACCGUGUAUAGUAAGGACGAAUGGGGUGGAUCUGUUUUGUUUGCCUGGGAUGUUUCAAGUGGAGCCCGUAAAGCUGCUUUACUCAUUAAACCUGACAAGGAAGGGAUUGCAAAGCCUAUGAGGCAAUUUACCGACACCAGUUUGGCAGCAGUGCAGACCAUGACCGGGACGAGAGUGGGAAGAUCAAAACCCUAUGAGCAGGACGAGAGCGGGAAGCCUAGAGCUGCAAAAGUCACUGAACAGCACAAUAAUUGCAGCGGCUUAGACUAUGACUGGCACAAAAGCAGAAGCCCAAAGCUGCGAAAGUCAUUUCGCAAGACAAUGUUGGCCGCGACUCAGACAAUAUUCCGGACAAGAAUGGGGAGAAAAAAGCACUAUGACCAUUACCAAAGAGAGGAGCUCAGAGCAGAGAAAGUUAGUGAACAAGACAAUGACAUUAGCAGCUCAGACGGUCAACAGCACAAGAAACGGGGCUUAAGGCCGAGAAAGCCAUUGAUACCACCUCAGACCGAAGUUGAGCAGGAUAAGAGCGGGGAGCCUAGAGCUGCGAAAGUCAUUGAACAAGACAAUGAUUGCAGCGGCUCCGACUAUAACUGGCACAAAAGCAGAAGCCCAAAGCUGACAAUAUUCCGGACAGGAAUGGAGAGAAAAAAGCACCGUAAACAUUACCAAAGAGAGGAGCUCAGAGCAGACAAAGUUACUGAACAAGACAAUGGUGUUAGCACCUCAGACGAUCAACAGCACAAGAAAGGGGGCUUAAGGCCGAGAAAGCCAUUGAAACCACCUCAGACAGAAGUUGAGCAGGACGAGAGCGGGGAGCCCAGAGCUGCAAAAGUCACUGAACAAGACAAUGAUUGCAGCGGCUCAGACUAUGACUGGCACAAAAGCAGAAGCCCAAAGCUGACUCGAACAAUACUCCGGACAAGAAUGGGGAGAAAAACGCACUAUGAGCAUUACCAAAGAGAGGAGCUCAGAGCAGACAAAGUUACUGAACAAGGCAAUGGUGUUAGCACCUCAGACGAUCAACAGCACAAGAAAGGGGGCUUAAGGCCGAGAAAGCCAUUGAAACCACCUCAGACAGAAGUUGAGCAGGACGAGAGCGGGGAGCCUAGAGCUGCAAAAAUCACUGAACAAGACAAUAAUUGCAGCGGCUCAGACUAUGACUGGCACAAAAGCAGAAGCCCAAAGCUGCGAAAGUCAUUUCGCAAGACAAUGUUGGCUGCGUCUCAGACAAUAUUCCGGACAAGAAUGGGGAGAAAAACGCACCAUUUGUAUGAACAAAGUGAGGAGCUCAGAGCAGAGAAAGUCAGUGAACAAGGCAGUGAUGGAAGCAGCUCAAACAGUGACCAGCACAAGAAAGGGGGCUUAAGGCCGAUAACCAAAUUGAUACCACCCCAGGCCAGAGUUGAGAUUUUCCGGUAUUUGCCGGUAAAUAAAGGUGUUUUACUUGUACUAUGUUUAAAAGAACGAUGUACUCUAGAGCUGUGGAAUUUUCAGUUGUCAAAGUGCAUUGAACGUUGGAGUUGCCUCGGGCAAUUCCAAACAGUAUUUCCCGUUUCAGAGGAACUUGUGUGUUUAAUUUCGCCGUCAUUACACGAGGUGAAAAUAUUUGAUACUUCAAGUGGUUACGAACAGUCGGCAAUGUGUUUACCUGGAACGUUUACUGCAUGCAACAGUAAAUAUCAGUUUUUGGCCACCUUGGAUAGCCACCCUCAGACAAUUGUCUUGUUACAAGGCAAAACAGUUAUUUGGAAAAAAUACUGGCCUCGUUCUGGAUACCGUAACUUCAAUUGUGAAAGAUUUUCGUUUUCUCCCGACGACCAGUUUUUCGUAAUUUCUGGGGUGGAGCAAGGGCAUGGUGUUUAUUUACUGGAUGCUUAUUCAGGAAGUACACUUCAGAUGUUAUGGAAAGGGGAAGUUGACCGAAGUGUUUUUGUCAGUAACGACGAAUGUGUUGUUCAAACCUCAGAGCCACCAAGUGUUACAUGUCUCCGACUGUUCAACGUUAGAUCUGGGCAGCAAUUAAGUGUGUUGAAUAUUGAGAGUCAGUUGACCGCUUUGACAAUUUCUCCUUGGAAUGGUCUUAUUGCCAUUUGUGAAAAGAACACUAACCACAAUUUCAGAGUUAUCCUGUUAAGGCUAUCUGGUGAUAACGAAGAAAAAAGGAUGAUCAAAGGUCAGCUGUCGAUUUGA